GUUGCACAAGGGGCUGAGCUCUCGAGCAGGGCCUUUCAUAUAACCAUCAGCAUUGUUUCUGCGCUCUGCACGUCUUCUUUCACUCUCGACAGAAGAAAACUGUGCAUCUUGGCUGAUGGAGAAAAGAUAUGGUCUGAAGGGUUUGGGUUCGAAACUUCCUGUUCUGUUUGACAUUUUUGUGGUUUGUUGACCGAACCCGAGUGCAUGAGGAGGACAAACGCCAUCAGCGCCACAGAGGCUGGUGUGACAGCAAGAGAUUUUCUCUGUUUGAAUUACAAAUACAAAUGAAAGAGAAGGAAACCCGAGAGCAUUCAAGACUGAAGACUGCAGAGAAAACAGCCUGAACUUCUUGCUUUUGUGAAAACAGCUGGUAAACAACUUUGUUGGAAACACUGAAUGCAGAUUAUAUAAUUUUCUUGAAAGGCCAAGUCGUCUCAAUCACAAUGAAAGAUGAGUUUGUCGAUGAGGAUGAUGUUCAGUCAUUUGGAUACAAGAGGUUUGGUAUCCAGGAGGGAAGUCAAUGUAGUAAAUGUAAGAGCAGAUGGGCUCUUAAGAGCGCUGUUAUCUUGCUGUAUGUGCUGUGUACAUUGCUGACCAUCGCUGUAGCUGUGCUGGGCUACAAAGUGGUCCGAAAGGUGGAUGAUGUCACUGAAGGAAUGGAAAGAUAUGGAGGAAAAAUCGUUUCCAUGGAGACCAAUUUAAAAAGUCUUGAUGACGAGGCAGGUCUGAAGACUGAGAAAGCGUCCUCUGAGCUACAGACAUUUCGCUCUGGGUUAUCGGCAUUGCGGCACACGCUAACUUCAGUCACGCAGCACGUCAGCACCAAUGCAGCGGCACUGCAACAGCUGCAGUCCUCCUCACAGGAUGUGCGUUUGUCACAAGGCCAACUGCGUUCCCAGCUAAAUGCUCAAACAUCAGCCGUGCACUCUGCGAAUGCCACGCUAUUCUCUGUCACUGCUGCCACACCUGCACUGAAGCAACGCACUGAACAACUGCAAAAAAAAGUGCAAGAAAAUAUAAAUACGCAACGUAUGUUGCAGUUCAUGAUCGACCGCCUCAAUCUCACUCAAACACGGCAAGAUGGAAUUGCAUUAGUGCUGCAGCGGACGCUCGAGACGGCAGGUCAAAACACGCAAAACGUACGCAUCGAUGCGCAGGCGCUAAUACGUGACACGCAGCUCGUUCGAAGCGAUGCAGACUGGCUUCGAGAAAAGAUUCAGAGUCUGGGGAAAGCACAAGGCAACGCCUUGGCCCAGAUUCAAAGCUCUAGCGAUGGACUCGAAGAGUUAAGUGCUCAGCUUUCUACCAUAUCUACACAGAUCCUGAAUAUCAGCACGCUCAGCGAUAACAAUGCAGGAAACCUGCGCGCGUUACUGGACCAGCAGCUUGACUUUGGAAACCUAACUAGUGCACGCUUCGAUCACAUCGAACAGCAGCUGGAUGCGAUGGAAGAAGAAGUAGACAAAGUGACGGGAAAUAUAAGCUACUCGACACAGCUCCUCGGAGGGGUCAACAGAAAGCUGAGUGAAUUGAGGAGUUGCUCCGACACUCUUGGACGACAUUCUGAUCUUCUGGUGGGUUUGAAUGUGACCUUGUUUGAGGUGAGGACAGACGUUUCCACCCUGAGGUCAAAACAAGAUGACCUCGCAGCUCGACUCGAUACGGAGGUCAGCAGCCUGUCCGUCAUUACGGAAGAAAUGAAACUGGUCGACAGCAAACACUCUCAGCUUAUCAAAAACUUUACCGUGUUACAGGGUCCUCCUGGUCCAAGGGGUCCACGCGGUGAUAAAGGGUCACCGGGAGAAGCAGGUCCUCCAGGUUUGAAGGGGGAGAAGGGUGACACAGGAGAGGCAGGUCUACCUGGUCCUCGAGGGGAGAAGGGAAUAGCUGGACCUCUUGGAUUCCCGGGGUUAAACGGUCUGCCAGGACUACGGGGAAGUCUUGGGCCAAAGGGUCCACGAGGGUCGGGAGGCCGUGCGGGACCUCCAGGAACCAAGGGAGAGCAAGGCUCCCCGGGACUACCAGGUAAAGAUGGUCAACCGGGGCCUCAGGGUCUUCAGGGGCCAGAAGGAAUUCGUGGACCAAUAGGUCCAGCAGGAGAGCCCGGAAACAGGGGGGCAACGGGACCAAUGGGAGAUCCGGGACCACCAGGGUUUCCAGGCCCUCCCGGGAAAACCUUAGCAGUAAAAGUGGGACCAACACACCAGCAGAGACGCACAUCAGAGGUUUAUUCUCAGGAAGAAUCAUCUGGUUGUCCUCCUGGUUGGUUGGGGUUUCGUGACAGCUGCUAUUUCUUCUACAUUGUACCUCUCAACUUUGAGAACGCUCAAAAAUUUUGCAACAAUAUAUCUUCCUCAAUGGUUAUCAUCAGUGAUGUUGAAGAACAGCGCUGGCUGCAUCUGAACACUGUUGGUCGAGGAUAUUUUUGGCUGGGACUUACAGACAGACUGGAGGAGAAAGUUUGGAGAUGGGUGGACGGAUCGGUGCCCAUUUUUACGAAUUGGAGGUCUGGUCAGCCUGAUAACUGGGGUCAUGGACAUGAGGAAGGUGAAGACUGUGCAGGAAUCACACAUGGAGGUCUAUGGAACGACUUUUACUGCGAUGAGCUCCAUAGUCUCAUCUGUGAGAAGAAAAAAGAUCAAUCUGUGUGAAGAUUGAGAUGUUGUUGCAUCGACGACACCGAUGUGAUGGACUCAUCCCACUGCCAUAGAGGUACAAGCUGGUGGCGUACGAUUUUGUCAUCUUAAAGAAAUCGCUCUUCCUCACGAACACAUGGGACUUUAUAUCGUCUAUUGAAAAUGUCUCUUUUCCAUCUCAUACAGCGUCAUUACUUCUGUUACUACAACUUAUGUGCUACGGUAUUGAUAAAAACACUGAUAAUAUUGACUUCUUCAAGAUUAUUACGAUUAUUGAAAAGCAGAUUAGUCUCAUUUCUGAACUAGAUGAAAUGAAUGAAAUGACCGCUUCUCUCGUGAAUGCACCAAAAAGAGCCAGAGACAAAUCUGUCCUCAAGAUAAAGCACAUGCGUCUGGGAUAUUCACCAUAAUGUUCAACAGAAGAAACAAAGUUAUAGUUUUGGAUGACAUGAGGAUAAGAAAGCGAUACCAGAAUGUUCAGGUUUGGAAAUGACUUCCACUUUAAUCUGCCAUCACUACUGUACUGUAGGUUUAAAGAAACUAUAUGUUAAAGCUACGCAAAGCUGCUAAACCAUAAACUAACCCAAUUAACCUUCAGUAUGAAUUAACCAGCUAAAUAAAGUGUAAACCAGAGAACAUAUUUUAACCGUUGAAUAGCGUUAUUUACAGGGAAGAAAAAGCUAGAUAAAAAUUAUAGUUUUAUAUUUUUGUAUUUUUAUAUACCUGUUUUAAUGAAUUGUGUAUGUGAAUUUUUAUUGUAUGAAAUAAGCUAGACAUACAGUAUACGGUUAGCAUUAACAUAUAAACUCUUGAUUUGUUAGGAAAGGACAAUAUUUGAAAAUCUGGAAUCUGAGGGUGCAAAAAAAUCGAAAUAUUGAGAAAAUCCAAAUAAAGUACUUAGUGACACAUAUUACUAAUGAUAAAUACAUUUAUGAUAUAUUUACGGUAUUACAUUUACAAAAUAUCUUCAUUGAACAUGAUCUUUACUCAAUAUCUUAAUGAUUUUUGGCAUAAAAAAAUAUUUUGACCCAUACAGUGUAUUUUUGGUCAUCAAAUGUUGUAACCAAAUAGUGCUUCUGUUUUCCAGAAUGAUUUCAUUUGAACUUUGAUUAUUUUCUUUGUAUUAAUAAGUGCAAUACUAAUGCUGAAACAUUUACUUUUAUUCUUUUUUUUAUUCAUGUUUGACAACAAGACCUUCAUUCAGUACAAUUGCCAGAUAUUGAAUUAAAUGACAUGAAAAUGUGCA